UUGCCCGGGAGCGCGAGCAGAGAGAGGUUGCUGCAACUCAAUUGCUUCUCUUAGACCUCUCUAUCUAUAUUUUUUUUAAAAAAAAAUUUUUAAAAUACCAGUUAUUAUUAUUAUUAUUACUGCAGGUGCUGUGAGUCCUCCAGCUUAACCACAGACAAACAAAAUGUCCAUUCUCAAGGUCCUAGCUCGCGAAAUCUUGGACUCCCGUGGGAACCCCACUGUCGAGGUAGACCUGUAUACCUCCAAAGGUCUCUUCAGAGCCGCCGUUCCAAGCGGGGCUUCUACUGGGAUCUAUGAAGCUCUGGAACUUCGCGACAAUGACAAAACUCGCUUCCUGGGGAAAGGUGUAUCAAAAGCUGUUGAGCACGUCAAUAAAACAAUUGCACCUGCACUGGUUAACAAGAACGUAAGUGUUGUGGAGCAAGAAAAGAUUGACAAGCUGAUGUUGGAGAUGGAUGGAUCAGAGAACAAAUCCAAGUUUGGUGCGAAUGCAAUCCUAGGCGUCUCCCUAGCUGUUUGCAAGGCUGGUGCUGCUGAAAAGGGCGUCCCCCUGUACCGCCACAUCGCUGACCUGGCUGGGAAUCAGGAUGUCAUUCUUCCGGUCCCUGCUUUCAAUGUCAUCAACGGCGGGUCCCACGCCGGCAACAAGCUGGCCAUGCAAGAGUUCAUGAUCCUACCCGUCGGCGCUGAGAACUUCAAGGAAGCCCUGCGCAUCGGGGCCGAGGUGUACCACAACCUGAAGAACGUCAUCAAGGAGAAGUACGGGAAGGACGCCACCAACGUGGGCGACGAGGGCGGCUUCGCGCCCAACAUCUUGGAGAACAAAGAAGCUCUGGAGCUGCUCAAGACCGCCAUCAGCAAGGCUGGCUACACCGACAAGAUUGUUAUUGGGAUGGAUGUGGCAGCUUCCGAAUUCUAUCGUGACGGGAAAUACGACCUGGACUUCAAGUCCCCGGAUGACCCUAGCAGGUACAUCACUCCUGACCAGCUGGCUGACCUCUACAAGGGAUUUGUCAAGAACUACCCACUGAUUUCCAUUGAAGAUCCCUUUGACCAAGACGAUUGGGCUGCUUGGAAGAAGUUCACGGCCAGCGCGGGCAUCCAGGUGGUGGGCGACGACCUGACGGUGACCAACCCCAAGCGCAUUGCGAAAGCCGUGGAAGAGAAGUCCUGCAACUGUCUGCUGCUCAAAGUGAACCAGAUCGGGUCUGUCACGGAGUCCCUCCAGGCCUGCAAGCUCGCCCAGUCCAACGGCUGGGGUGUUAUGGUGAGCCAUCGCUCUGGGGAGACGGAAGACACCUUCAUUGCUGACCUGGUAGUUGGCCUCUGCACUGGACAGAUCAAAACUGGUGCCCCGUGCCGGUCUGAACGUCUAGCCAAAUAUAACCAGCUUCUGAGGAUUGAAGAGGAAUUGGGAAGCAAGGCCCGUUUUGCGGGCAGGAACUUCAGGAAUCCUCGUAUCAACUAAAGUGCUUUGGCUCAGACGAGGCUCGCGCUCCCCCCUCUCCCCGGUUGUGGUUGAAAGCACUAGUCACCUAAUUAGAGAAAUGCAAAAACCCUUAGUACUUGUGUACUAUGAAAAAAAAAACAAGGGCAGCUGAUGGCAGCAGACAUCUUUUGCUUGCAGGUCCCCUCAUCCUAGACUACUACAAUCCACCUAGUGCAUUUCUGCUAUUUCUCUCCUUCUCCCUCUCUCUCUCUCUCAUACAUCCCUGGCUCCGAUCUGUUGCUUUCAAAAAGUGCUUGGCUGCUUUUUGUGAACAGAUGCGCACCGCCCGCCCCCCCCCUUCAUCAACUCUGUGGUCUUCCUCGGAGGGUGUUUCAUUCAUAAUGAAACUUAGAAGGAGAACGAAAGUCCCAGUGUUGCUGGCGUAAAGUUGUAACGCUACCACCAUUAUUAUUAUUAUUUUUGGGGCCUCCUGAGGGCAAUGAGUACACAUUUCUCCUCUUUCUCUCCCGCCCCAUCCCAUUUCCCUACUUAGUGUGUGGAAGCUGUGUAACUUGCGGUGCGGCCUGAGGUACCUGCAAACAGAAAAAAAAACUAGUAGUUCUCAUGUGAGGUAAAUAAAAACAAUGAAACAUC